AACAACUCCCUCUAAAGUCAUUGGACAGAAAACGUGCUCACCACACUAUAAAACCUGCUUUCAGCAGUUGCAAUUUCACUGAGGGUAACAAUGCUAGAUUAAAAGGGUCAAGUAUUCACUUUUCUCCAGUAUCCUGCAGGUGUAUGAUCCAUGGAUCAGAACAGCAGCAGUGAGGAGCUGCAAUUAAUUACCAACGACCCCGUGUUGGUGAGGACGAGGAUGGCCAUAGUGCAAGUGCUGGUGUGGUUCUUUAUUUACAUCGACAUCUUCAUGCUCUUCACCUUCUUCAGUAAGCAGGCUUUCCGGGGCAAUGCACGCUACAUCCUGUUUGCUCACACCCUGCUGGUGGACUCUGUCUACCUGCUGCUCUCAGUACUGAUUGUGUUGCUUAACUAUAACUAUCUGCUAUUUCCUGUGGGUUCCUGCGUUCUGCUCUGCGUUAUCUUGGAGAUCGUUAGCAGCUGCACACCAGUGACCAUCACUGCUAUGUGCUUAGAGCGCUAUGUGGCCAUCUGCAUGCCUCUGAGGCAUGCUGACAUCGCCACCACUGGCAGGACACUGGCUGCCAUCACCAUCAUCUCAGCCUACAGCUCCCUCACCCCUUUUCUGGACCUCUUUAUCCUGAUUGUCAUAUCUCCGCCAGGCUACUUUGCCACGCCGACCUUGUGCCACUAUGAGAUCAUGAUUCUGACUGAGUGGCAUCGCUUCAUGCGAACUGUUCGGUAUCAAGUGGACUUAGUUCUGAUUGUAAUUAUUGUUCUGUUUUGCUUUGUUAAAAUCACGCUGGCUGCUCGAACUGCCUCUGGAGAAAAUAAGCAGUCUGCAUCAAAGGGGAGACGCACGCUCCUGCUCCACGGCCUGCAGCUGUUUCUGUGCCUGAUUGAUAGGUUGAGCCCCUACACUGAGAGCGUAGCGCUGGAGUGCAAUUUAGAGCUGUACUUGAUUAUCCGAUACUUCAAUUAUGUGGCCUUGGGUAUUACGUCCAAGGCUCUGAGUUCAAUAAUAUAUGGUCUCAGGGAUAAAAAGUUUUUCCUUGCUCUAAUGUAUUAUACCACCUGCAGGUUUAAUCAUAAUAUUGCAACCUGAAGACUCUUCCGAGAUGAAUCAGUAUAGCUGAAUAAUGAAUGCUGAGAAUCUCAACCUAACUGCAGCACUACUCAAGUCUGCAAGGUCUCUUUUGCACUUGUCUCUUUUGUAAUUGUGAAUCCAUCUGGGUCAAAUAUGCACUUGAAAUACUUCAACUCCUUAGACACCAGUGAAAUUUAAACACUUCUGAAGAUCCUCGACCAUUUUUCAGUAAAACAUAUUACAGAGCACUGGUGAAAAUCUUUAUUUAAAAACUGCAAAUAAUCUGCAGCAAAUGUACUGGUUAAAUUAUUUAAAUUUAGUAACAUUAAGAAUAAAAUAAAUUCAAAUUAAAUUAACUUUAUUACAGUUCUAAUUAGUGCAAUAUUCCAGUGAAAUAAGGAGCAAAAAUGUGUAGGAAAAUUAGCUUUGUCAGUGGGAUUUUUAUUCAUGGAGGAAGAGAAUAAAAUGUCAUCUCAAAAUAUUUUGGUUUGUGCCAUAGUAUUCAUUUGUAGUAUGGAGUUCCACACAUAUUUAACAAAAUUAAAUUACACUGAUGAAGAAUAUUAUUCCCUAACUAGAAUAACUAUUUCAAAAUGAAAAAGUGUGCUUUUUUUCUCUGAAAUAUGAUAGAAGCAGCAUUAAAACU